GCAGCAGCUGCAGCGGCGGCGGCGGCGGCAGCGCCUAGAGCUGCUGCGGCAGAGGCGGAGGCUGCUCCGGGACGCGGCCGCGCCGCGCAACCAGAGCCCCAGCCCGGAGGCGCCGGGCGGUGCGCUGGGUGCUGCUGCUGCCGCCCGCCCGCCGCCGCCUGGGCCCCCGCUGCCCCCCGGGCCCCGGCCGCCGCCCGCGCCCCCGUCGACCCCGCCCGCGAGUGUGCCCCAGCCCGGACGCCGCCCCCGGCCAGGUCUCCACUUCUCGGCCGCACCUCCCAUGACAGCGCCCGCUCGAAGAUGGCUGCGAAGGGCGCGCACGGCUCCCACCUGAAGAUGGAGAGCGAGCUGGAGCGCUGCCGCGCCGAGGGCCACUGGGACCGCAUGCCCGAGCUGGUGCGGCAGAUGCAGACGCUGGUCGUGCCCGGCGGCGGAGGCGGCCGGCGAGCCAGCCCGAGCGCCGCGUUCACCUCUCUGGACACCGAUGACUUUGGGAAGUUGCUGCUGGCCGAGGCCCUCCUGGAGCAGUGUUUGAAGGAGAACCAUGCCAAGAUAAAAGACUCCAUCCCUUUGCUGGAGAAGAAUGAGCCGAAGAUAAAUGAAGCCAGAAACUAUCUGAGUAGUAUCCUUAACCAGGGGAGGCUGUUGCCACAGUACAUGUGUGAGGCCAUGCUGAUCCUGGGCAAGCUGCAUUACGUGGAGGGCUCGUACCGAGAUGCCAUCAGCAUGUAUGCGCGGGCUGGGAUUGAUGACAUGUGCAUGGAGAACAAGCCCCUGUAUCAGAUGCGGCUGCUGGCAGAGGCCUUUGUCAUCAAAGCCUGCCUCCAGCUUCUUGGGGGAGCACAGUGCCGGUGGUCAGAGGUCCUGCAGGGGAGGCCUCUCCCUGGAACGCCUACCCAACUCCAUCGCUUCCCGCCACCGCCUGACCGAGAGGGAGGAGGAGGUGAUCGCCUGCUUCGAGAGGGCCUCCUGGAUCGCUCAGGUGUUCCUGCAGGAGCUGGAGAAGAUAACAAAUAACACGACAUCACGGCAUCUGAAGGGCUCUCACCCGCUUGACUAUGAGCUCACCUACUUCCUGGAAGCCGCCCUCCAGAGCGCUUAUGUGACAAACCUGAAGAAGGGGAACAUCGUGAAAGGCAUGAGAGAGCUCCGGGAGGUCCUACGGACGGUGGAGACCAAAGCAACUCAGAACUUCAAAGUGAUGGCCGCCAAGCACCUGGCAGGGGUCCUGCUGCACUCCCUGAGUGAGGAGUGCUACUGGAGCCCCCUGUCCCACCCACUGCCUGAGUUCAUGAGCAAGGAGGAGAAUUCCUUCAUCACGCAGGCCCUGCGGAAACCUCACCUCUACGAAGGAGACAACCUCUACUGCCCUAAGGACAACAUUGAGGAAGCCCUCCUGCUGCUGCUCAUCAGUGAGUCAAUGGCUACUCGGGAUGUGGUGCUGAGCCGGGCGCCGGAGCAGGCAGAGGACCGGGCAGUGAGCCUGCAGAACGCAGCGGCCAUCUACGACCUCCUGAGCAUCACGCUGGGCAGGAGGGGGCAGUACGUCAUGCUCUCUGAGUGCCUGGAGCGAGCCAUGAAGUUUGCGUUCGGAGAAUUCCACCUUUGGUACCAAGUGGCCCUCUCCAUGGUGGCGUGUGGGAAGUCAGCCUAUGCCGUGUCGCUGCUGCGGGAGUGCAUGAAGCUGCGGCCCUCGGACCCCACUGUGCCCCUGAUGGCUGCCAAGGUCUGCAUCGGGUCCCUGCACUGGCUGGAGGAGGCGGAGCACUUUGCCACGAUAGUCAUCGACCUCGGGGAGGAAGCUGGUGAGUUCCUCUCCAAGGGCUACCUGGCGCUGGGGCUCACCUACAGCCUGCAAGCCACCGACGCAACUCUGAAAUCCAAGCAAGAUGAAUUGCACCGGAAAGCACUGCAGACCCUGCAGAGAGCCCAGCAGCUGGCGCCCAGCGACCCGCAGGUCAUCCUCUAUGUCUCCCUGCAGCUAGCCCUCAUCCGCCAGAUCUCCAGCGCCAUGGAGCAGCUGCAGGAGGCCCUGAAAAUGUGCCGGGAUGAUGCCAACGCCCUCCACCUGUUGGCACUCCUCUUCUCUGCCCAGAAACACUACCAGCAUGCUCUGGAUGUCGUCAACAUGGCCAUCACGGAGUAUCCCGAGAACUUCAACCUGAUGUUCACCAAGGUGAAGCUGGAGCAGGUACUAAAAGGCCCGGAGGAAGCCCUCGUGACCUGCAGACAAAUGCUGCGGCUGUGGCAGACCCUGUACAGCUUCUCCCAGCUGGGAGGCCUGGAAAAGGAUGGCAGCCUCGGCGAGGGCCUCACACUGAAGAAGCAGAGUGGCAUGCACCUGACUCUGCCCGACGCCCAUGAUGCAGACUCUGGCUCCCGGCGGGCAUCAUCCAUCGCAGCAUCCCGGCUGGAGGAGGCCAUGUCGGAGCUGACCAUGCCUAGCUCAGUCCUGAAGCAGGGCCCCAUGCAGCUGUGGACCACGCUGGAACAGAUCUGGCUUCAGGCUGCUGAGCUAUUCAUGGAGCAGCAGCACCUCAAGGAGGCGGGUUUCUGCAUCCAGGAGGCAGCAGGCCUCUUCCCCACCUCGCACUCGGUACUCUACAUGCGCGGCCGGCUGGCAGAGAUGAAGGGCAGCCUGGAGGAGGCCAAGCAGCUGUACAAGGAGGCACUCACGGUGAACCCCGAUGGCGUGCGCAUCAUGCACAGCCUGGGUCUGAUGCUGAGUCGACUGGGCCACAAGAGCCUGGCCCAGAAGGUGCUGCGGGACGCCGUGGAGAGGCAGAGCACGUGCCACGACGCAUGGCAGGGCCUGGGCGAGGUGCUGCAGGCCCAGGGCCAGAGCGAGGCGGCCGUUGACUGCUUCCUCACGGCCCUCGAGCUGGAGGCCAGCAGCCCGGUGCUGCCCUUCUCCAUCAUCCCGAGAGAGCUCUGACUCUGCCCUGCGGCCACAGGGAGCCUGGGUCAGGGGAGGUUGGGGCCUCAGGGAAAUACAUCUCUAGGGAACACUUCUGCAGGCUGCAGCCCCAGUUCUCCUCGCCUCUCCCAGCCACCCCUGUAUUCCCUCUGGGGCCAGCUGGCUCUGGGAGCUGCUCAUCUGGAGCUGGGUGGACCAGAUUUGCAUCAAAAGCAAAUCCCUUGCUCCUUGGGAUUUAGACAGACAUCAUGGCAUUCGUGAGCAAGGAAGUAGCUGGGAGGCCACAUCAGCACAGGGGCCCCUCCCCAGAGAAUACGUGCAUCCUCUAAGUGUGCAGUAAGGGUCAGUGUGGCUUGGGUACCUCCCCUGCCCGUCUAGAAGCCCCUGUGAUGUAUGUGCCCCUCCCUAACAUCCGUGACGCUGGAUUUCCCGGCUUUGCACAAGCUUUAGUCUUGAACCUCAGCUCCCUGCCCUCCAACACCAAAGAUGAACCCCACCAGCUGCCCUCUGACCGAGCCAGGAGGGUUUUCCUGGGUUCCUUCCUUGGCACCUCAGGAGACAGUCUAGUCUGCUUGAACCCUAAGUGACUUAAGUUGUGGUGACUGGACCUGCUCCCGAGAGUGCUGGCAGGGGAGCCUCGCAGUUGUGCUGCACCCCGACCCCUGCCUCUGUGCCUUAGGGAGCCCCAUGGCCCUGUUCGCACGCCUCGGUUAGACAGGGUUUGGGAUCACUCUCAGGUUUUGUCGAGGGCGGUCAGGGCUUGAAGAAUCUGCUGGCAGGUGGGAGGAGGAUGGACCUCCGGGUCCUUCUCCCAGACUUUGACUUAGUGGAUGAUGCCUGGCGGUGCCCCCCUUUGCCCAAGGAGGCCGGCUGGGCCCCACUGUGCUCUUCCUCUCUGCUGCCAAGUGCCUUUGGGGCCUCUGGGGUCUGGCUAGGGCCACUGAGCACCGGCCCUAACUAACCUUCCAUUUCUGCCUACCCCAUCUCCCUGGAAGUGUGCCCCAGCCCAAACAGCCUCCGUAGGCCCUAGGCCAUAGCCCCCAGGAUGGGCCUCAGGAUACAAACAGGGCUGCUGGACCCAGCCCUCAGACCUUGCAUCAGCAUGUCCUUCCUUCAGGCCUUACCUUUCUGGGCAAUAGGUACAAUGCAGAUCCUCUAAGGCCUAUGAUGUGGAGAUAGGCAGUCUCUAGGACUGUCCCCAGUACAUCUUACUACCCACAGCCCGUUUUCAGCUCAGGCUUUCUUGGGUGACCUGAGCCACCCUUCCCCACCCCCUGCCUGGGGCCAAAUGGGGACUGUGGUUGGAGACCCAAGGAGGAUAGAGCCUGGCCCCUCCUCUCUGGUUGCGCAGGCCUCUGUGUACAUGACACCCUUGUCUGCAGGGGUCCCUGGGGGCUAGUGGGUGGGUGUCUUCCCUGCUGGCUCCCCCAGCCCUGCUGCACAAUGCUCUUGGAAUUCUCCCCAAGAAGUCAGCCCCUCGUGGGCCCAUCAGGAAAUUCCUUUUUGAUCUGCACUCGGGUUUUUGUUUUAAAGCUCCGUCUGGUACGUGUCCCAUUUUAAGGUGUGUGGAAAGGUCGGGCAAGGGCUGCCCUGGUUUGUCGUAGCCCAAGUCUGUUCCUCGGAGCAGGGGCUGUUAGAGACCCACCCUCCUGGCCGCAGUGGCUCAGCGCUGCAUAUGCCCAGAUGCUCCUUCCCAGGGAGAGGCUGCACCCCUGGCCUUCCCCCACCGGGCCAGGGGACACUGGGAGACACCAGAUCCUUUGCCUCUUGGUUGAAGGCUCUCUCUAUGUGUAUGUCUAUGUAUAAAUAUAUAUAUAUGAUACAGAUCUAUUUUUAUUCUGGAAUUCUGUUUAAAAAAAAAGUAAACAAGAAAAAACAAGUGCUGUUGCUUUGCCUUGGGGGGGCCCAAAGAUGUAGUCAGUUCUUGGUAACAGGAAAGGCACUGAACACGCUCAACUUGAAGCAUUUCCUUGGAGGAGCCCCCAGAGGGGCUGGCCAAGUUGCUGACAGUUCGCAAAUUGAAUAAAGAGCCCCUUGAAGGUU